CGUCGAUGUCGUAUGUGAUCGACAUGCAGUACCUAUCUACAUGACACUUGAUAUGGCUUCAACAACUUGACUGUACAGUUUGGUGGCAGCGACGCUAAGGCCGAGCAGGAGGCCCGCCUCGAUAUGACCCGGGAAGACCGAUACGUUCCCCUUCACAUUCAGACCGACCAAGAGAGGGAAGCGGCGGCCGUGGCGGUUGAGGCCACGCGCGUCGCGGCACUACGAAUCCAAGUCCAUGAACGUCGAGUGCAAGACGUGGAAGAGUGGCGCAUGCGUGAACAAGACGCACUCGCGCGCCAAGUUCGCCGCCACCUGUGGGACCUGGACGAAGCCGCGUUUCGUGUAGCGCGGCAGCGAGAAGCCGACGAAUCCCAUCAUAUGCACGCCGAAGACGUGUACGGACACAGGACGUGGCCACUCGUGGAUACCGCGCAAGAAGAGGCUGAUUUCCGCGCCAAGUUGGCGGCGAAGAAGGCGGAGCGGGCGGCAGUGAGGCGCGCGCGGCGGCAGGCCCAACAUCCUGCCCUGUAUGCAAAAGAGUGGGAAGUGGUCACGUUAGACGAUGGCGGGUCGUACUUUCGAAAUAUCGUGACGGGGGACGUCCAGUGGACAGAUCCAUGUGCGCCAACCACCACUACCACGGCGGCGGCAUGGGAGCCCGCGGCGGACGAUGUCGGACGAACUUACUAUGUGAAUACCGCGACGGGCGAGACGGCGUGGACGGCUCCGGAAGGCGCCGCGAUGGAAGGCAAAGUACAGGUAGACCAAUGGGAUGAAUUCAAGACAGAUGAUGGAGUCGCGUACUAUGUCCACCGCACCACGGGUGACAGUGUAUGGGAAAAGCCCGUAGCGUCGUAGUUUGUGCAGUUAAGAUGGUAUGAAUAUACUAUUUAGUACAAAGUAGACUUGUAUUAGUCGAUUCGUGCCGAAGUGUUAACGUUGUUUACACCAAGUCGUUGGUGGGAGUGCUACUUCCAUCAGGGGACAGCGACCACACAAGCAGGCUCAGGAGAAACAGAAGCAGUUGGUUCCGCGGGUCUUCCUUCAACCACUGCAUGAGCGACCCUACUUCGCAUCGUUCAUCCGUCCCGGUCGUUGUCACAAUAGAGGCAUCCGGCCACGGCGUCGUCGUCCCCUUGUCUUCCUCUCCGUCCUCUUCAUCCUCUUCGUCCUCUUCUUCUUCAUCUUCGUCGUCGGGCACCGUCAGAGGCUCGAGUUUCGUGUGCGCAUUCGCAUCAGUCGUUGUCGAUGCGAUUGGUGUUACUUUGAGAGGCAAUUGGAUGGCGGCACUCAACGCGUCCAACCAUUCCGUGCCUUCCGCCACAGAUUCCGCUCUCAGCACGACCACGUCGCCCGACACUUGCGUGAUCCCGAGCACCAUGUGCGGUAGUUUGCGCAGCUCCACGAGCAUGUCUUCGUGAGUAGAUAGGUCCUGCACAUGACAGCAUCGGGGGAGCAUCACCACCUCCUUGGGUCUCCGUCCUGUUGUGGGUCUGUGCUUGUGCGAAAACAGGCUUAGCACGACCCCGUCCAGUCGACACCACCGCCGCGACCACUUCUUCAGCACGACCUUUCGGCGCUGCUUGUUGUAGAGCCACAAGUACCCAACCUUGAAAGUGCGACUUGUAGGGGCGGUGGCCAGCGGGUGGUACGUGGGAACUUGUGCUAGAUCCAGCAGGAGCGGCAGCCGCUGCAUCAACUGCGCGCGCGCAUCGGACGCCGCGUGGUAGCCAUAGAAGACGCUUUGAAUCGCCGAGCCCACUUGGCCGUGGCUCGGUUGAUGUGGUGGCGACAGUGUCGUUUGUCCCGAUGAUGUCGACUCGAACAACAUGUGACAGGUGCCGUCCGGAUGGAUGGCCAGCAGCACCGCCUCGUCUGGGUGUACUACCGUCAACAUGCUCGAAUUUGAACCCCACACGUCCGUCACGGCUUGGGCUUCGUGGUCGCAAUGCGCAUUUCGGAGCAACGACGCCAGCAACGCAGCAAUCCCCGACAACGAACAAGUGGACAUGACGACCAAGCGAAGGACCUUGACGAACGCGCCGGUGGUAAACGCCAUGGAAAAGUCGGGAUCCGUCGAGAGGCUGCCGAACGACAGCCCCUUGAACCGCACGAGGUGGGAGGACGCACCCGCGGCGUCCACGUACAGCCCCACGGUCCACCGAGCUUCCCCUUCGUCCGCCGAGCCGCAGGUACCAAGCAAGACGAUGGACGUGCCUCCGGAUAUAGAGGAGGCGGCCAGAGAGCCGGGGAACACGACGGUCGAGGUUAGGUCGAUCAGAGGUCCAAACGUGGACGAGAAAGGGACCAUGUCGUCGUUGUUGUUGGCCGCUUUAAAGAAACACCGUUUUGGUUAUCG